AUGGAGCGGCUCCAGACGAAAAGGUUGGUGACGCAAGCCGAAAUUGGACAUCUAAGCGAGGAGAUCCAAGCGGCGGUGUCAAUUGAGGAUUUCAGGCCUCAUCACGAAGAACGCCUCGCAGAAAUAACGGACGAGCUGGAUGUCCUGGCAAGGGAACUCAAGGAGCAAGAUGCGCUCAUCGUGGUCCACUUCCGACAGGCGAUCCACUACAACAUCGAGCUCUCCGGCGUGGAGAAGUUUCUAUACCUGCGGACGGUGCUGACGGGCAAGGCGGCGGCGGCGGUAAGCGGCAUUCAAGCAACAGAGAGCAACUACGCUUAUGCCGUGGAGCUUCUAAAAGAGAGAUUUGGCAAGAAACACGUCCUUGUUCAAGAACACCUCACGCGGCUGCUGAACCUACCAAAAGUGAAGGCGCUGAGUGACGUCGGAGCCCUCCGUCGUUUACACGAUCACGUUCCUUGCAACAUCGCUUCGCUGAGGACUCUGGGCAUCGACUCUGACAGCUACGGGGCAAAGCUGUGUGCUGCGUUGUUCUGCGUCCUGCCCGCUGACUUGGCCGUGGAGUUCUACAAGAGUCAGAGUACUAGUAAUGAAACACCGGAAAGCUCGAAUCUUGAGGCUGUCCUGCGAUCGAUGCGUGUAGAGCUGGAUAGCAGAGAGAAGGUAUACGACGGCAAUACACGGGACCAACCGCAACCUCUGAAAAUACACAGCGACAGAGAUCGAUCAAGCGACAACCUCCGAGGAAAGGGGUCUGCUGCUUCCCUCGCAGUUGGUGCCAAACCCUCAAACGACGGGUGCCCUCUUUGUUCCUCCGAAUUACAUGAAGCGCCGCAAUGUAACUCUGCGAUUCCGAUCGAAGAAAAGAAGAGACGGCUAAGGAGCGAAGGGAGGUGUUACAGAUGCGCGAAGCGAGGACACACCUCAAAAGAAUGCCGAAAUCGGUUCCUUCGCUGCGACAAAUGUGGCCGACGCCAUAUCACUCCACUUUGUGGUACGUCACCUCCGUCUUAUCAAGGAGCGACCGGCACUACCGAGCUCCACUCCCUGGCGUCUUUGAAUGCCAUCAACAAGAACGCCGUAAUGCUACAAACGGCUCAAGUAUGGGUAGACGGACGUGACCGGAAGCGUCUUGCUCGCUGUCUGUUUGACGGAGGCAGCCAACGUUCAUUCGUCACCGAGCAGCUCUCACGAAAGCUGAGGUUGGAAGUGAUCGGCGAGGAGGAGGUGACCAUCUAUUCGUUUGGCAGAACAGCCGGUGGAACUACGAGAAAACGUCGGCUAGUGCGACUUUGGUUGCGAAGCCAAUACAGCCGCAAAGAACACUGCUUGGAAGCCCUUGAAAUAGAAAACAUCUGUUCUGACCAGUUGGUGCUUCCCGACAACGUGGUUGACCUUGCUGGCGUGGGAGAGCUAGAAUUAGCCGAUGUAACCCUUUCACCCUUCCUUAAUUCCAAGCGGAGCAUUGAAAUCCUAGUGGGGGCAGAUCACUAUUGGAAUAUGGUGAGCGGGGAAGUCCGCAAGAUACACGGAUCCUUGGUCGCGCUGAAGACGGACUUUGGCUGGACACUGCAGGGCCCAGUUCCUCAGGUUUCUUCUGUGCUGUCCUGCACUACUGUGGCCGUCUUGAACACCGGCGUCGCAAAACCGACCUUGAGCCUCUCAAACGAACUGCGAGCCUUCUGGGAGUUGGAGAGCCUCGGAAUCUCCGUGAACGACUCUCCGCGCGGAAAAGAAGAACAAGUAAGAGAAGAUUUCACUUCCUCCCUAGCUCUGGUCAUGGGCCGUUAUGAGGCAAAACUCCCGUGGAAGCCCCUAAAUCGACCCCUAGAGAACAACGAAGCCGUUGCGCUACAGCGACUAGACAAGUUGGUUCGGCGUUUAAAAGGCAACACCGAAAGACUGACGCAGUACGACUCAGCGAUCCGUAGCUACCUGAAAGAAGGUUUUGCUGAAAAAGUGCCAGCAGGUGUGACGCGUGUUUUGGGACUUGAGUGGAAUAGAGAGAGGGACGAGCUUAAAUACUCGUUAGAGAGCACGUUGGAGCUUCUGAUAAUCAACCGUGACACAAAACGCUUUGUACUGCAAGCAUCAGCGAGAAUUGUCGACCCCUUCGGCCUCCUCAGCCCAGUGACGAUAACAGCCAAGAUCUUAUUUCAAGAACUUUGGGCACUUGGGCUGGACUGGGACACUCCGCUACCUCCAAGCGUAAGUCUGAGAUGGAGCAACUGGAUAAAAGCUCUGCAUCAUCUCGAGGACAUUUCGAUCCCUCGUCGCUAUGCUUCAUCCGGCGGUCGAACUGAGCUGCAUGUCUUCACAGACGCUAGCCCCCAGGCCUAUGGGACAGUCGCGUAUUUGCGUAGUGACUGUGAUAACCAGACGACAGUGACCCUCGUAAUGGCCAAGGCGCGCGUUGCGCCAGUAAAGACCUUGACUCUACCGAGACUGGAACUGAUGGGAGCGUUGCUGGGCGCUCGACUAUGUGUCUACUUUAAGGGAGUUUUUAAGUCGGAUCUCUCAGAAGUGUCGCUGUGGACAGACUCAAUGAUUGCUCUACACUGGGUAAAGGGCCUGGCUACUCAGUGGAAACCAUUCGUGGCAAACCGAGUUAUGGAGAUUCAACAAAGGACAGAACCCAGUAACUGGAGACACUGCCCUGGAGCUGAGAACCCGGCGGAUUUACUAACCAGGGGCGUCCCUCCGGACUGUCUACAGAAGUGUGACCUAUGGUGUGAAAGGACCAAAGAGGCUGGCAGAGUCACCCACAUGUUGGCCUACUAUGCCCAUUGGUAG